AUGUGUUCAACAAGUAGUUGCACCAAUCUAUUUGCAUUUUGGGAACGACAAAAUGAUUUAUAUCCAUUCCUUUAUUUGAUCGCCCGUGAUGUUCUUAUCGUAUCUGCUACAAACACAGCUGUUGAACGUUUAUUCUCUGCUAGUGAAAAUUCAGUAACAGAAGCACGCACACGUUUGUCGGCACAAAAAGUGGAUAAAUUAAUGUUUUUAAAAAAAAUAUUUGAUGAUAGUGGAACAACGCCUUUACUUAUUAUUAAUUCUGGUACAACAGCAAGUAAAGGUAAAAAACGAUGA